GGAUUAUGGCGGUAAAUCUUACUACGGGAGCAAUAUCGAUUCUAUCUAGUGGGGAAUGUCAAGCUACGGAUGUGAAACCGGUGGUUCAGGUGAGGGAUAUUCGGGUUCAAACUCAAACGUCGGCUGGGGGUGGCGGAGGAGAAAACAAGGAGAAGUACAGGGUUUUGUUAUCUGACGGUUUAUUUCACCAGCAAGGGAUGCUUGCUACUCAGUGCAAUGAGUUGGUUAGAUCUCAGCAGCUGCAGAAGGGUUCCAUUGUUCAAUUGACUGAGUUUGCUUGCAACACGAUCCGUGAACGCAUAAUUAUUAUAAUCAUCGAUCUCAAUGUGAUUCUUGACAAGUGUGAUCUCAUUGGUGAUCCAAAGCCAUUCCCACUUAAGCCCUCUGGCAGUGAGGCUUCUUCAAUGGCAAGAUCUGCAGCACCGUUGCCGUCUUCUCUAAACCAGACAGCAUCAACACUUACUGAUGUUCAAUAUUCCACUGAAGGUUCACUUGCUGGCUCUGCGCCAAGACCGAAUUUCAAUGUGGGCACUCCAGUUCACAUACCUGAACAUCAACAUAGUGCAGGCUUACAUUCUUAUGGUAGUUCUUUCUGUAGCAACUCUGCAUCAGGACAAUAUAAUUCAAUGCAGCAUGCUUCUGCAAACAAGCGUACAAAUCCGAUCCAACUAGUAUAUAAUCAACCACCUCCAGUGUAUGGUAACAGGGGGCCUAUGGCUAAGAAUGAAGCUCCUCCAAGGGUUAUACCCAUUGCUGCCCUGAAUCCUUAUCAAGGUAGAUGGACCAUUAAGGCCAGGGUGACUGUAAAAGGGGAACUUAGACGCUACAACAAUGCAAAGGGAGAUGGUAAAGUUUUUUCUUUUGAUCUUGUUGAUUCUGAUUGUGGAGAAAUACGAGCAACCUGCUUCAAUGCUGUGGCUGAUCAAUUCUACAACCAAAUUGAGGUGGGCAAGGUUUAUUAUAUUUCAAAAGGAAGCCUGAAACCGGCUCAAAAAGCUUUUAAUCACCUAAACAAUGACCAUGAAAUCAUGCUGGACAAUACAUCAAUGGUUCAGCCGUGCUUUGAUGAUGACAAUUUAAUUCCACAUCAGCAGUUUCAUUUUCGCUCGAUUGGUGAGAUUGAGGGCAUGGAUAACAACAGUGUCUUAGAUAUUAUUGGUGUAGUAUCUGGUAUUACACCAUCAUGCUCAAUAAUGAGGAAAAAUGGUACCGAAACGCAUAAGCGAACACUUCAUCUGAAGGACAUGUCUGGAAGAAGCAUUGAGUUAACUUUAUGGGGUAACUUUUGCGAUGUAGAAGGCCAAACACUGCAAACCAUGUCUGAUUCUGGUGCAUUUCCUGUUUUGGCUGUGAAGUCUGCUAGAGUAAAUGAUUUUAAUGGGAAGUCAUUAGGUACCAUAUCUAUAAGCCAGCUAUGCAUAGAACCUGAUUUUCCAGAGGCUUGCAAACUUAAAGCAUGGUUCGACAGUGUUGGGAGGAACGCCCCUUCUGUUUCCAUGUCCAGGGAUACUGUUGCCCGAACAGAUGUAUUGAAAACUAUAUCCCAGAUUAAAGAUGAAAAGCUAGGGACUUCUGAGAAGCCAGACUGGAUCACGGUCAAUGCCACCAUCUUUUAUAUGAACGUUGAUAACUUUUGCUAUACAGCAUGUCCUAUCAUGUUAGGCGAUCGGAAAUGCAGCAAAAAGGUUGUAAACAACGGAGAUGGAAAAUGGCAAUGUGAUAAGUGUGAUCAGGCUGUUGAUGAAUGUGAUUACAGAUACAUUCUUCAGUUACAAAUACAAGACCAUACUGGUACGACAUGGAUAACUGUAUUUCAGGAAACUGGUGAGGAGAUCAUGGGCGUUUCUGCCAAAGAAUUGUAUGCCAUGAAACAUGAAGAGCAAGACGAGGAUAGAUUUAUUGAAACUAUUCGUAAUGCUAUCUUUACCAAAUAUAGUUUCAAAUUAAAAGUGAAGGAAGAGACUUAUGGUGAAGACCAACGAGUUAAAUCCACUGUUGUUAAGGCAGAAAAGAUCAAGUUUUCACCAAACACAUUCAUUCUACUUCUGGAACUGCACAGGAUGCAUGAGAAAAAGUACCCAAGUUCCAUACCCACAAAUCUGGAAAUCCCUAUUCCGAGUUCUGGACUUGAUCCCCAAUUAAGGACUGCGGGUUUUAAGGAGACAGGAUCACCUGUUUUGAAUUAUGUCAGAGGUGUUACUGGUACUGGUCAGAUGGGUCAUUAUGGGAGUCAGUAUGGUGGUUCUGGAGGAAGAAUCAACAGUGGUAUGCCUUCAGCAAGUGGAAAUACUGCUACAUCUGUUGAAUGUUAUAAAUGCCAUCAAUGGGGGCACUGGGCGAUUGAUUGCCCCCGCGUUAGCACUGUUCCUUUAUACGGAAGCGAAAGUGUUGCAUACGGAAGAAUUCAGAGUGGCGGGCACCCAGUAGGUGAAAAUAUUGUUGUAUCUGGUGAGUGUUUUAAGUGUCAUCAAAUGGGGCAUUGGGCAAGAGACUGCCCUGGUAAGUGAAAAUGUUGCUCCAGGAAGAUAUGGGGGCACAUCUAAGCAAUAUGAUGGGGGCUAUUGACUUCAAAGGUAUGUGGUAUCAUUUUCAGUCACAUGCAUGCAACAUAUAGGGACUAGCCGAUAUGACAACACUAAUUUAUGUUUAUAUUUUUUUAGAUGUAUUGGUUGUUAUAGGAGGU